CUUUAUUUCCUGCGGCCGUUGGGACUGGCGGCCGCUUCGUCGAGCGGAGCUGCGGAGGAGCGAGCUGCUGGGCUGGGGACGGGGACAUCUGCGCAGCCCGGGCAGGGCACCAGGGGCCUGUAAUGCUGGUACCACAACUUUUUAUUGCUUUAUUUUGGACAGAAUUGUGAAAGAGGCAACAGAAAGCCUACUGCUGAAAAUUUCCAUCAUGGUGGGUGAAGAGAAACCUUCUGUGAGAAACCGUCGGUUAAACUCCUCAACUUAUGAGACCCUGGAGAAAGAUGAAAACCAGAGAAGACCAGAGGAAGAAGUCACACAGACCCUAAAUAACGGUCGACUUGACAUCCAGCAACUGAUAAGAAAGAAAAUACAGCUUACAGCAGAAGCGGAGCAAUUGAAGCCAGUUUUUAUGAAGGAAGUGGACAAUUACUUUGAUGAAUUUGUGACCAGUUUGAUCGAGAAAUCAACAUCUCUGGACUCUUGUAAUCCCUCUGCCACAUCUUUCUCUACUCUCUCAGAGAGAAAAGAACAUCACAGAAUCAAAGAGCUGAGAGCACCUCCAGAACAUGGGAAGAUCUUUGUUUCAAGGAGAUCUCUUUUAGAUGAGUUAUUUGAAGUGGACCACAUCAGAACAAUUUAUCACAUGUUUAUUGCUCUCCUGAUCCUCUUUAUCCUCAGUACUCUGGUAGUGGAUUACAUUGAUGAGGGAAGGCUGGUGCUAGAGUUCAAUCUCUUGUCCUAUGCUUUUGGCAAGUUUCCCACUGUUAUUUGGGCUUGGUGGACUAUGUUCCUGAGCACACUAACUAUUCCUUAUGUACUCUUUCAACAAUGGGCAAAAGGAUACCCCAAGUCCUCUUAUCCAGUGAUCUACUCUUUAUUCUAUGGACUGCUUUUCAUGGUCUUCCAGAUCAUAGGCUUGGGAUGUGGACCAACCUAUGUCGUCCUGGCAUACUCACUGCCUCCAGCCUCUCGGUUCAUUGUUAUCCUUGAACAGGUUCGUUUUGUGAUGAAAGCACAUUCGUUUGUAAGGGAAAAUGUGCCUCGGGUCCUGGCCUCCAUUAAAGAGAAAUCCAAUGUCCCAAUUCCCCAAGUGAACCAGUAUUUGUACUUCUUGUUUGCGCCUACCCUUAUCUACCGAGACAGUUAUCCCAGGACUGCUACAAUAAGAUGGAGCUAUGUGGCAACCAAAUUUGCGCAGGUGUUUGGCUGUUUAUUUUACGUAUACUAUAUCUUUGAACGACUCUGUGCCCCCUUGUUUCGGAACAUCAAGCAAGAGCCCUUCAGUAUGAGAGUGUUGGUCCUCUGUGUCUUCAACUCCAUUUUACCAGGGGUACUGAUUUUUUUCCUGGCCUUUUUUGCCUUUCUGCACUGCUGGCUAAAUGCUUUUGCUGAGAUGUUACGCUUUGGAGACAGGAUGUUCUACAAGGAUUGGUGGAAUUCCACAUCCUAUGCCAACUACUACCGGACCUGGAAUGUUGUGGUACAUGACUGGCUAUAUUACUAUGCUUACCAGGAUUUCUUGUGGUUUUUCAGUAAGAGGUUCAAAGCAGCUGCCAUGCUGUCCGUCUUCGCAGUUUCAGCUGUUGUUCAUGAGUACGCCCUGGCCCUCUGCUUGAGCUUUUUCUAUCCAGUCCUCUUUGUACUCUUCAUGUUCUUUGGAAUGGCUUUCAACUUCAUUGUGAACGACCGUCGAAAAAGGCCUAUUUGGAAUGUGAUGAUGUGGACUUCUAUCUUUCUUGGCCAAGGUGUCAUCCUUUGCUUUUAUUCUCAGGAGUGGUAUGCACGUCAGCAUUGCCCCUUGAAAAAUCCCACAUUUCUGGACUACAUAAGACCACGAUCCUGGACCUGCCGCUAUCAGUUUUAGAAGAUCGAACUUCGUAUCUGUGAAAAUUAGUUAUACUUUUUGAUUAGUGGGUAGCAGCUGCUCUUUUUUCAAGCUGUUUUGAGUCAGUUCAAUUUAAUUGGACUGCGACAGGCUUGAAAAGUAGCUUAUGCCAUUCAUUGAUAAAAACUACUUCCUUGACCAUCAUCUAAGGCUGAGCCCCUUGAAAUAUUGGUCAGCUGAGUAGGACUACUUCCCUUUUGGGGAUUAGUAACUGAAAUAGAACAGAUUGUCUCUGGUUCAAAUCUACCUGAAGCUCGAAUGGCAUCCGUCCAAUUUUCUUGAACUCAUUCCUUCUCUGUAGCUCUUUCAAGUUUAUCAGAUUGAAAUUUUGUACAUUCUUUGAAGCUCUACUUUGCUGCUAGGGCACUAAUAUAACAAAAGCAUCACAUCUUUGUGCCAUGGAAUUAGCCAAACACAAAAGAGCUACUGUUAUGACUUCUACAGUUCAGAAUUUAUUUCUAAUUAUAUUCUUGGGAUGUAAUGAUGGAUUAAAAAGUAGAAUUGGGGAAAGGAAAUAAUUAUUAAUCCAACACAUUUUCAAAGGUGAUAAAGAGAAUUUUGAGUAACAGUAUAUAUUUAUAAAAUUGCACAAAUCUGGAUUACUAAAUCAAAAGGUAGCUUUCAGAGUGCUGGCUGCUGAUUUCUUAGUAUUUUCUCAAAUUAUGUGGUGGUCUGUUCCACAAAGUCAUUUUGAUACAAAAAGAAGUUUGACUUUCCCCUGGAGUUCAUUUAGCGUAGUCCUUUUGUGCUCCUUGGAGGAGGAAGAGAAGAUUAGCUUUCUCCAUUUUUUUUUAAGAAGUCCAAGUUGUUUAUACUAAAUUGCAUUGUUUUUCAGAUAUCAUGUUUGAAUUUUGUUUUUUUGAACUUCUAUAAAAAAAAAAAUUGAAACAACUCUUGACUUUGUUUGAAAUCCAAGUUUAAAUAGGUAUUUCAAGGUGAAUUUGAAUCUAGCAUUGAAAUCAGCCUCCAGCAAAGUUAUUUUGUUUCCUAAGAAUGAAUUCAUUCAUCUUAAAAUAUUUUCAGACUGUAAAUUAUCUUUAAUAUAAAGGUGAUUAGAUUCUAAAUUUCCAGUAAGAUGAACACUGCAGAUUUCUUUUAGUUAUCACUCUUUAUAGUGGCGAUUCAGUUUGUGGAACAGUUUGAAGUAGCAAUCAUUUUCAGUAGAAUGCUUCAUAGUUUUACUUAGAGGAUUCUAUUCUUUUAUGCAGUCAGACACCAUUAGGAAAAAAUGUGAAUCUUUCAGGGUGCUGGCACAACAUUGAGAAUAAUCAAAGCUCUUGAUCAGUGACUAAAUUAGUAUUUCCAAAAAUGCAAGUAUCACCCUUGUUCUGAAUCUGUAGAAAGUAAAGAAAGUUAGACUGGUAAGAAGAGGGAGCUCUGUAACCUGAAAGAAAGGUUGACUCUCAAUGUUACUCUGAAUAUUUCACAUAUUGGGUCGAUUUUACGUUGAACUAAGAUGUCAGAUUUUUUCUUACUCUUAAAGUGACUUUUUUCCCCAAUCUCGACUUUAGCAAUAGUGGUAGGGAAAGGAAAUAGAUUAGUUCCAAAAUUAAUGAAAAUAGAACUCUUUUACCUUUUGAGCCAUCCUCAAAAAAUAUUCAAGACUGCACUGAAUGAGGACUGAAUAGCUAUUUUGCUUUUCUUAUGUUUUGUCACAACCAGAAUUCCUAGCCUUUCAAUUGGGGUCUACUGGAGUUUUGUGUUCAUUCUCAUUUCUGGAAUAUCAAUUGUUCCCUUUUCUAGCUGACCUAAUAUGGUGCUUCAGCUUACCUGGAGAAAUUUUAGUUUAGAACCCUAUAGGGGGCUUUUUAUCUCCUGCUGCUGUGUCCCAUCAUUGAAUGAUUUAAUGUGAGAACUUGAAUCCUGCGGCUGCACUGAAUGGGAGUUUGUUGAAGUUCUUGAGAGCUUCUGGGAUGAUGAUUUGUGCCAUUACCUCAUCGGGAAGAUCAGCAUUUAAAGUGAAAAGAUGUUUUGGUGGGUGUUCUUUAGAGCUGAAAGAUUAAAAACUGUUAAUAGUUGAAAUAUUAUUAUUGAUAAAACCAUGAUCCAGAUGACUUCAGAUGCGAGCAUGCAGAGGUCUUGUCUUAGAGAAUGGAAUCCGUAAAUUGAUUUACCACAUAUAUUGGUGAACUUCUGAAUUUACCUUGAUUUUUCUAGUAGGAUAUUAAGGAGACUUCAGUUGCUUAAAACCAUUUAAAUAUCUGGUAGAAUCAUGUGCAGUUAAGUGUGGCCAAAAGAAACUUCGGAUUGAGCAUGUGAGCAGUGUAGCAAUUAGGUGCCACAAAUAGCUUCUCCUAUUGGGAAAAUAAAAUUUCACUUACAAUAAUUGUUUAACUGUGUAUAUAUGUGAAGGAUGAGCUUCUUAUUGUUAUACAUGAUGUUUCUGGGAAUUUCUAUCAGCAAAAAGAGGAUAGGUCUUACAUAUCUUAGAAUUCCAUCCAGGGAUACACCUGCUGUUCCUAAAUUACUAAAGAUCUUAACUAGUUUUUGAGUCCCAAUUUCUUAGGUGCAAUACAAAUCACAAGUGUUUGUCAUCAGAAAAAGAUGUUCAAGGGGUCUUAGACAAGAAAAUACCAUAGAUGCACCAGGAAACACUCAACAUGAGCUUACCAGAUGUUGGAAAAACAAGUCAAGCAUGGUAAACCUGUAUGGUUCAAUAACACAUAUUCUCAAAACUGAUUUUAACCAAGUUAUGGGAAUGUUUUAAAUGCCUUGCGCUUGACUUGGAAGAGAGUUGCUAUUCUUGGGAAAUUUCAUAUUUUGUUUUUGGCAAACUUGCAGGACUUAACAUGCUCCCUUGCAACAGAAUUUUCAGGGGCAGCAUUGUUAAAGGUAACUCAUGGGGUAACGUUAUUCUCAGUUUUGAUACUUGGAAGAGCUGCAGACUUGAACUUAAGUAUAGCCCUAGAUGAGGUAGCAAGAAAUAUUGGGCUCACAGGGACCAGCAGGAUGUGAUUUUUUUUUUUUCCACCAAUAGGUAAAAGGGUAUCUCAGGAACUGUUUGCCUGUCUCUUGCAAUUUAUUUCAGUCCCUUCUGUCUUACAGUGUUGAAAAAUCUGUUUCUUUGUUUUUUUUCUUUUUUCAUAUCUAGGACAGAUAAAUAAUGGGUUAAAACUUUUUCAUAGAUUUCUUGCCAAAAGUUAAUGGCUUGUAAAGUUAAAGCUAAAAUUUGGAAUUGGAAGAUUAUUGGUGGACAAUGUAAAUGUCAAGAUACAAUAGGGAAUGCAAUGAGUGCUCUUCAGGGAAGUUUCAUAAGAUCCUUAUGAAUUCAUGAAAUCUGCCCCAGGCAUAUAUUUCUGGGGAGAAUGGGAAGUAGAAUUAACCUUGACAUAUACAUAUUUGAUUUUAGGUUGGUAGUUGUCUCCUUACAUUUACAGACUGUCUCAUUAAAUCAAUAGGAUUCAUGUUUUUCAGAAAGGGGAAAAAAAGGAUCUACAGACUUUUGUUGGGGGGGAAAAAGAGGAAAGUUUAAUGAGCAAAGGCAGGAAAGUUGGGUAUAAAAGCCUCACCUGUUUUUCACUGUUUCUGUUGACCAAACACCUCUUUCUUUCCCAAAUUUAGCUGAAAUUCACUGACUCAAAAUGAUUAAGCUGCUCAAACUAGAUGAGAAACCUAAUAGCUUGUUUAUGCUCCCAAUUGAAAAUGUGGGAAGAUACCUUUUAUUUUUUAUAAAGGCUUCCCUUUUCUUUUAGGGAAUACUUUACAUUUCUAUAUUUUAAUGGAGCUUCAUGGUUGACUUCCAUAUUUGGGCAUCACACUUAAGCUGUCAGCACAACUACUGUUAAAAUAUUAAUUUACAUAGGUGCUGCACAUUGUUCUUAGUGAUGUUGGUUUCAAUGUUCAGUGAUAGGGCACUCUCUGGCCCCACAGUGGUGUAGAAACCUGGGAGGGAUGCCUCAGCCAAUGUUGACAUUUUUCUUUUGAGCCCAAUUUUGGGUCUAAACGUCAUGGGCAAAAGUGCCAAGAAAUGAACUUUAAGAAUGAGGGAGGGACUGGUGUAAGUGUCCCAAAUCAGCACUUUACCUCUUGAGCCCAAACACUUUCUUCACUUGUUUCAGCCAUUCAACACUGUACACGUAUCCAGGCUCUUCAGAGAACAGUAAAAGGGUCACUCCAAUCUGAAUUUGACUUUUGUAAUCAGAAUUGUACAGACUUGCCUGCCUUUUGUUGCUUUCCCUAGUGCCUGUUGUCUUUGAAUCUGAAUCUUUGUCCAAUCACUGGUACUACAACUUGUUCUGUAUACAUUGUACUAACUUUUUUAAAAAAACUUUUUUAACUUUUGGAAAAAAUAUAUAUGGAAUGGUAAUUCUGCAUAUAUGAAGACUAUGGUAAAUAAAUAUAUUUGGAAAAAAAUUGGUCUUCCUGAUGUCACAAAAAUGUAACUUCUAUUUGUUGUUCCUUCAUAUUAAAAGAAAUAUUAAUAUUA